AGAGAACUGUUCGUAAUAUUGCGACCGUUGAGAAAAAGUUGAUUGAAUCAUCUAUUAAUGAUCAUGUGAAGAAUUAUGAUGAGAACAACACCAAUGAUUAUAUCAGUAGUUAUAUUAAAGAAAUGAAACGAGUUGAAAAAGUUGGUGAAGAAUCCAAUAUAAAUAAGGAGAACUUAAUUAAAGCUAUCGGAGAUCUUUUUGCGGGUGGUACAGAGACAACAUCAACAACUAUUUUAUGGACGAUUCUCUACUUCCUGCAUCAUCCAGACAAACAAACAAGAUGUUACAAAGAGAUUCAAGAUAUUAUUGGUUCAGGUCGUCUACCAUCUAUGAAAGACAGACCAUCUAUGCCAUAUACUCAAGCUGUUGUGCAUGAAGUCUUGAGAAUUGUAAAUAUUGGUGUAUUUGGGCUGCCGCACUCUGUUGACGAGGAUAUAAUAUUCCACGGUUAUCAUAUGCCAAAAGGGACUGUAGUCAUUCCCAAUCUUGAUUCAGUUCUUUCAGACGACAAAAUCUGGGGAGAUCCUGAUGUUUUUCGACCCGACAGAUUUCUGGAUGAAAAUGGACAACUAGUAAAAAGGGAGGAAUUUAUCCCCUUUUCUAUGGGAAGAAGAAUCUGUCUUGCAGAAUAUAUGGCUAAAAUGGAAUUAUUUUUAUUUAUGACAACCUUGAUGCAAAGAUUUGAAUUUAAACCAGUGGAUCCUGAUAAUUUACCAACAUUAAAGGGUGUUUUUGGAAUCACCCACGCUCCUUCUAAAUAUGAGGUUCGAGCCAUACCCAGAUAA